AUGCUUAUAGGGUCGGGAUCAUUAUAUAAUAUUUGGAGGUUAACUCCGAGUCGAUCUUCAUACUUAUUACGUUCUUUAGCCAUCACUUCUGUGCGAUUCAAUUCAAACUCUCAAAGUAGAUGGUUACAAAGAAGUAAGAAUGAUGUUUAUACUCGAGAAGCUAAAUUGAAGAAUUGGAGAUCUCGUGCUGCAUUUAAAUUAAUAGAAAUUGAUGAUAAAUUUAAGUUAUUUAAUAAAGAUAUUAAACAAAACGUAUUGGAUUUAGGGUUUGCACCUGGAUCUUGGUCUCAAGUGGCUCGUAAACGUACUAAUCCGACAUCAAUUAUUAUGGGUGUAGAUAUCUUACCUUGUAAACCUAUCGAAGGUGUCCAUGCAUUACAAGCAAAUAUCUUGUCAAAGACAACUCAUAAUAUUAUUAGGUUAUUUUUUAAUGAAAAAUUCAAUUUAAAUGAAGAAGAUAAUCUGAAUCAGAAACUUGGUUACCUUGAUAAACCUUAUAUGACUGGAGAAUCAAAUGAGAUAGAAAAAAUAUACCCUGUUAAUAUAAUUAUUAGCGACAUGUAUGUACCUUACCCAAAAGAUUUUGAAAAUUCAAAUAUUACGUCCAAUCUUACUAAUAUGCCAUAUUAUAGGCUGAUGAACACUUCAGGUGUUGCUAUUAGAGAUCAUUUGCGAUCAGUAGAUUUAUGUGACGCAGCUUUAGUCACUGCAAUUGAUCUCUUAAGACCAAAUGGAAGUUUCGUUUGUAAACUAUACACGGGACGGGAAGAAGACCUCUUUAAGAAGAGAUUGCAUAAAGUUUUUAAAAAAGUUCAUAAAUUUAAACCUGAUUCAUCUAGAUCGAUGUCAAAAGAAGUUUAUUACGUUGGAUUGGAGAAGAAAACUCAAAUUGAUAAAGUUGGUGUGUUCACUGCUUAA